AUGGCUGAGUACAAGCUCGAGGUAACAACAGGUGACAUGCAAUAUGCAGGAACAUGGGAUCACAUAUUUGUCACCUUAUUUGGACAUGAAGGACAGAGCGAGCGAACUGAGUUGGACAACUUGGGUAUCGACUUCAGUACUGGGACGACGGGGACCUACACCAUGAGAACUAGUUUGUCUCUAGGGAAACUUCUGCUGGUCAAGGUGGAGAAAGAUCCCUAUUUUGUUCACUCGGAAGAUGAGUGGUACUGUUCCACCAUAGCCGUGACGACGCCAGAAGGAGAUGCCAUUCUCUUCCCCUGUUACAGAUGGAUCUCCAGGGGAGAGCUGGUGGAGCUGAGAGGAGGGAGAGCCGUGAAGGUUUUUGAGGAGGACCAUCCCCUGUUGAUCAACCACCGGAAAAAAGAGUUAAUGCUUAAAAAGAGCUUGUACCAAUGGGAGAUUACUGACGAAAGCCUACCACACCUCAGUAAUUUCAAACAUAUAUGUGAGCUCCCAGCUGAAGCCCGCCUCUCUUCGUCCAAAACAUCGGAAAUGCUUUAUACAGAAAGAAUAAUGGGCGCUGAACUCAUGUUUAAGGGACUAGUUGGAUCUACGGAACAAUGGGAACACUUUGAAGACAUCAAACAAAUCUUCUGGACCAAAAACACAAAGAUGUCAGAGUAUGUUACAGAGCACUGGAAGGAGGAUGACUUUUAUGGAUCCCAGUUUCUGAACGGAAUCAACCCCAAUGUGAUCAAGCGAUGCUCAGAGCUUCCACCAAACUUUCCAGUCACAGAGAAGAUGGUGAAGCCAUUCCUGGAAGAGGGCUGCUCUCUGCAGGAGGAAAUGAAGAAAGGCAAUAUAUUUCUCUACGACCUCAAGAGGAUGGAUGGACUACCCACUAGGGUGUAUGAUGGUGAAUCUCUGCACGUGACUGCUGGUCUCUGUUUGUUCCACGUGAACCCAGAGAACAAACUGAUGCCAAUCGCAAUACAGCUGCAUCAACAACCUUCUGAGAAGAAUCCCAUCUUUCUGCCCAGUGACCCAGAGAGCGACUGGCUGCUGGCAAAGAUGUUUAUUAAAAAUGCAGAUUUCAUGCUACAUCAGUCAGUCUAUCACCUCAUGAACACUCACUAUCUGGCAGAAAUCUUUACUGUUGCCACUCUCCGGAGCUUCCCAGUGAUUCAUCCCCUCUACAAGCUGCUGAUUCCUCACGUCCGUUACACCCUACAGAUAAAUACAAUGGCCCGCAAUACUAUUUUUGGACCUGAUGGGAUUUUAAACACAAGUUCACUUGGAUAUAAGGGGCUGGUAUCUCUCAUGAGAAGGGCUUUCUCUGACAUGACCUACAGCUCCCUCUGCUUGCCAGAGAACAUCGCUGCACGGGGACUGGAGUCAAUCCCCAACUUCUACUACAGAGAUGAUGGACUGAAGCUGUGGAACAUCAUCAACAGCUUUGUGAAGGCAGUAGUGGAGUACUAUUAUCCCUCAGACAGCGAGGUCCAUAAAGACACUGAGCUGCAGGAAUGGAUCAGUGAGAUAUUCACCCAUGGCUUCUUAGGAAACAAGGCCUCAGGGUUUCCUGCAGCCUUUCAUACUGUAGAGGAAGUGAUCAAGUUCAUCACCAUGGUGAUCUUCACUGCAUCAGCUCAACAUGCAGCAGUAAACAGUGGACAGUUUGACUACUGCUCCUGGGUGCCUAAUAGCUCACUCCUCCUGUGCAAACCUCCUCCGACCACUAAGGGGCAGUCAAGCAUGAAGACAAUUUUGGAGACCCUCCCAAAUGUUGGACAGUCAGUCAGCAUUGUAGCAAUGUUGUGGGUACUUUCAGACCAGUACACUGAUGUGAUUCCCUUGGGUACAUACCCUGAAGAACAGUUCGAUGAGCCUGCGCCAAAGCAGAUGAUUAAGGCAUUUCAAGCAGAGCUGUCCUUUCUCAGUGAAGUAAUUACAGAAAGAAACUCAGAGCUUCAAGUACCCUAUACAUAUCUGAACCCUACUCAGAUAGAGAACAGUAUAACUAUCUAA